AUGAUAUUACAAAGGCUUGAAAGACCAACGGCAGAGGAAGCAAGAGAACAGGAAGUGCUUAAUUGUGAACCUGUGGUGCCUGAUAAAAUCGAGGCUGAAGACAGACAGCCCAUUGAACAUACAGCACCCCCUCUUACGGACCUUACUGAGGCAGGUUCACCAUCUGCACUAUCUUUCCCAGCGGCCCGGGAAGAGAGGCCUGAAAAUGGUUUGCAAGAGCAAACAGGAAUUUCAGGUCCGAAUAAUAGGAAGCCGGACUGUGCGGAGCCUCCUCGCUCUUGCAGCUCUCCUCACCUCAAGCCAAAGGCUCCCCAAACGGACCCAGCGCUGCUGCCCCAGCACUUAACUUCACAUACUGAUGCAAGAUUGGCUCGACCCUGCGAUCAAAUCUAUUCCUCCAUUACCCGGGAUCAAAGAUUUCAAGAUAUUCUGAAAAUACCAUACCAGCUGGACUUAAGAAAUGAACCAGCCAGAGAAGAUCUGAAGCAUAUCGUUAUAGAUGGCAGUAAUGUUGCAAUGGCCCAUGGUCUGAACAAGUUCUUUAGUUGCCGUGGCAUUGCCGUUGCAGUUGAAUAUUUUUGGAAGCUCGGCCACAGAAACAUCACUGUGUUUGUCCCACACUGGAGAACCGGUCGGCAUCCUGAUGCCACAGAGCAGCACUUCUUAAGCCAGCUCCGGGAGCUUGGGCUAUUAGCUUUCACUCCUUCCCGGACGAACCUUGGGCAGAGAAUUGCUUCUCAUGACGACAGGUUCCUGCUCCACUUAGCAGAAAAGACUGGUGGCAUCAUUGUAACCAAUGACAACUUGAGAGAGUUUGUGACCGAGUCCGUGUCCUGGAGAGAAAUUAUCGCAAGAAGGCUGCUUCAGUACACUUUUGUGGGGGACAUAUUUAUGGUUCCUGACGACCCUCUGGGAAGACAUGGACCUCGGCUCGGAGAAUUUCUUCGAAGGGAGGCCUUUCUUCUACACACGCCUCCAAAACUCGAUGCCCAGUCAGAUGUGCGCACAUUUGGCCACGCCAUCCAGAGCCGCAAUAGCCAGGGAGCCCAAGCAAGCCCUGGUGCUCCACCCAGGACCAGGCUUCUGCAGAGAAAAGCGCUCUGAGGGUGGCCUUUGUGAAUGGCCUUCCCGGACGCUGAGCAAAACCUGAUGUUCGACCAGAUUCUGGCGGCUCAUCCCUACUUGAGAGUCCCGAGUGCCCUCUCCGUCCUGGUGAUUUGCUGCAAGCUGUCCUGAGUGCCCAGGGACAAUGGGAGCCCUGGGUGGGAGGUUGGAACUGCCAACUGCGGGAAGUGCCAUAAUGUGAAGGAACCCAGUGUAAUGUUCAUUGGGAUAGAAAACAAAAGGGAAGGGGAUAUGUGCUGUAUACAACAUGAGAUGCUCGCUCCACAGCAAGGGGAAAUGAGUACUCCCCGAAAGACACUGAAGAAUGCUGCCUCACGGAAGUAGAACCUUAAGGGUUCUCGGAACGUCCUUUGGCUGGGCUCGGUGGAACAGAGAGUUGAAGGAAAGGUACAGCUGAAGCAAACAUGGGAGGGAGAAUGUUCAGGGAAAGCCAGCAACAAAAGAGACGAGUGAUGUUGAUGAAAGA